AUGGAGAACGAUAUUUCCUUCAUCGGCCUGGGACAAAUGGGCUAUGGCAUGGCUCUCAAUGUCCGCAAGAAACUCUCCCCAACGGCAAAGAUGUUCAUCAACGACAUCAACGCCGCCGCGUGCGAGCGUUUCGUCGCGGAGUCCUCCGAGUACGGGCCCGUGGAGAUUGUCGCAUCCGCCAAAGACGCCGCCUCCAAAUCGAACAUCCUGAUCUCCAUCGUGCCCGCCAGCCAACACGUUCGACAAGUCUACUUAGAUGAGGCAAAUGGCGUCGUCGCUGCGCCGAAGAACGAUAGUCGACUUAUCCUCGAAUCUAGCACGAUUGACGUCGAUACCACGCGAGAAGUUGGCAAGGCCAUCAUGGAUGCCGGCCUCGGACGAUAUGUCGAUUCGCCAGUGUCUGGGGGCGUCAGCGGUGCAGCAGCCGGCAAACUCGCAUUCAUGAUCGGCUGUCCGCCCGAAGAUCCCAAGGCCGAACUCAUCCUUGAAAUCGUCGCGAUGAUGGGAGCGAAAGAAAAGCUCUUCCUCUGCGGCCAACUAGGCAACGGUCUCGCCGCGAAGAUCAGCAACAACUACCUGUCAGGCACCAAUCUACUUGCGCUGUCCGAGGCCAUGGCGUUCGGCAUCCGCGCGGGCGUCGACAAAGAGAUCCUCGCCAAAGUCAUCCACGCCUCCUCAGGUUCAUCGUGGAUGGCCGACAACUUGAAUCCCGUGCCUGACAUUCUCCCCAACGCUCCUAGCAGCAAUGGAUACAAAGCCACGUUCCGACAUGAGAUGAUAGUCAAGGAUUUGGGGCUGGGAGUCGAUGCGGCGAAGAAGCACAACGUUGUGCCUCGAAUGGGCAACGUCGCGAUAGAACAAUACAAGGCCGCUGCUAAGAAUCCAAAGCUUGAGGGCAAAGACUUUACGUCCAUAUACCUGCACAUUACGGAAGAAGAGUAA